GGAAGCUGCACGCGGGAACGAGGUAGAGCUCUUGUCCUUCGACCGUUGGAAAUGGCGGGACUGAUGUUGAUUCUCGCGCUAAUGACAAUAACGUUAGACUGUGCAGAUGGUAUUAAUUGUCCUGGGAAUCGUGACUGGUAUAUGAGGAAUGAUCACUGUUAUCUUUGGAAACCAUCUUUAACAGCUACUUGGGAAAGAGCACUAAAUAUCUGCAGAGCUUAUAGAGGUACUGACUUAGUGUACUUGGACAGUUUAGAUGAAAAGGAUUGGCUUACAACUCAAGUCACUGAGGUGUUUUGGACUGGACUCAAUGAUCGGGCAACUGAAUCUGUUUUCCAGUGGACAACAAAUAGUUCUCUGGAUGCAGAUCUAGAGCCGUUCUUAAAGAAUGAUUUGAUGAAUGGAGAUUCAAAAGACUGUAUUGAGAUGGAUGCAAAUACAGGACAGCUAAUGGACAGAAGCUGCUCAGAAAUAAAAACAUUUGUUUGUAAAUCAAAAAAAUUUAUGGACUGGUUUCUGAAAGAGGAGAAGAGGGGACUAAUUUCCAAACCACCUUAUUCUUACGAUUCAAGACCAACUUUAGCUGAAGCCAAAAUCACCUGUUUGCAGCGAGGGAUUGCUUGCAAGGCAGUUCUGGAGACUGAUGCUCCACAUGUUUUCUAUAUUCUACAUUCUUCACCAAUACUUAAGCACAACCCUGUUUCCAACAUCUAUAUUCCAUCAGUGUGUGUUUCUAAUUUUCCUGCAUCAAAAUGUGGCUUUGAAGAUCAACUGUGUGAUUGCACUGGUGUUAUGCAGACUUCCUUCACUGAAGUAUGUGGUAUUUCUGUGGAUGCCUGCAAGAACUACUGUGUUACGAAGAAAGAUGGCACAGAUUGUGGCAAGUGUAUCCCAAUUUGUCCAGAUGAUGCUAAUGAGAUUUUGAAGAAAGGUUCAACAUCACUGAAGUCACAUUUCGUUGCUAGCUGCCUCAGUCAUCUGUAAUAUUAGUCAAUUGUCUUAUUUGCUUCUUUCUUAGUACAUCAGAAGAUAAUUAUUUAAAUAAUUGUAUUUUUCUUGUAUAUUAAAUAGAUUGUUAGUGCAUUCUUUGCUGUAGUGUAGUUAUUUUGCUAACUUUUCAAAAACACCUUUCAAUUCUUCACCCCCUAUAGUAGAGAA